UACCAAGCCGGCCGGGGGAGAGGUGCAUCGCUGCCAGGCCCGGCCGUUCGCCCAGCGCCUUUGGGAAGACGCACGCAGUGGCCGGCUGUGUGACUUGAGGCGCACGUAGGGAGGCGGAUUAACACUAAAUCCCCACAAUGUCCCUGAAACCACGAGUAGUUGAUUUUGAUGAAACAUGGAACAAACUUCUAACAACAAUUAAAGCUGUUGUAAUGUUGGAUUAUGUUGAAAGAGCGACAUGGAAUGACCGCUUCUCGGACAUUUAUGCUUUAUGUGUGGCCUAUCCAGAACCUCUUGGAGAGAGACUUUAUACCGAGACUAAAUUUUUUUUGGAAAAUCAUGUACGCCAUUUGCACAAGCGUGUUCUGGAAUCUGAAGAACAAGUACUGGUUAUGUAUCAUAGAUACUGGGAAGAAUACAGUAAAGGGGCAGACUACAUGGACUGUUUAUACAGGUACCUCAACACACAGUUUAUUAAGAAGAACAAAUUAACUGAAGCUGAUCUUCAGUAUGGCUAUGGAGGUGUGGAUAUAAGUGAACCACUGAUGGAAAUAGGAGAGCUAGCACUUGAUAUGUGGAGAAAAUUAAUGAUUGAGCCACUGCAGGCCAUCCUCAUUCGAAUGCUCCUCCGAGAAAUCAAAAAUGAUCGCUGUGGAGAAGACCCAAACCAGAAAGUAAUCCAUGGGGUUAUUAACUCCUUUGUUCAUGUUGAACAGUAUAAGAAAAAAUUCCCCCUAAAGUUUUAUCAGGAAAUUUUUGAGUGUCCUUUUCUGAAUGAAACAGGGGAGUAUUAUAAACAAGAAGCUUCAAACUUAUUGCAAGAGUCAAACUGCUCACAGUAUAUGGAAAAGGUUUUAGGUAGAUUAAAAGAUGAAGAAAUGCGAUGUCGGAAGUACUUACACCCCAGCUCAUAUGGUAAAGUAAUUCAUGAAUGCCAGCAGCGAAUGGUAGCUGAUCACUUGCAGUUUCUGCAUGCAGAAUGUCAUAAUAUCAUCAGACAAGAGAAAAGAAGUGACAUGGCAAAUAUGUACACUCUGCUUCGUGCUGUGUCAAGUGGUUUACCUCAUAUGAUUCAGGAACUACAAAACCAUAUCCAUGAUGAGGGCCUUAGAGCAACCAGCAAUCUUUCUCAGGAAAAUAUGCCAACUCAGUUUGUGGAGUCAGUUUUGGAAGUACAUAGUAAAUUUGUUCAACUUAUCAACACCGUUUUGAAUGGUGACCAGCACUUUAUGAGUGCCCUUGACAAGGCUCUAACAUCAGUAGUAAACUAUAGGGAACCCAAGUCGAUCUGCAAAGCGCCUGAGCUGCUGGCCAAGUAUUGUGACAACUUGCUGAAGAAAUCAGCCAAAGGAAUGACAGAGAAUGAAGUAGAAGAUAAACUUACAAGUUUCAUUACUGUUUUCAAAUACAUUGAUGACAAAGACGUUUUCCAGAAGUUCUAUGCCAGAAUGUUGGCAAAACGAUUAAUUCAUGGUUUAUCUAUGUCUAUGGACUCUGAAGAAGCCAUGAUUAAUAAACUAAAGCAAGCCUGUGGUUAUGAGUUUACCAGCAAGCUCCAUCGAAUGUAUACAGACAUGAGCGUUAGCGCUGAUCUCAACAAUAAAUUCAACAAUUUUAUCAAAAACCAGGAUGCCAUUAUAGAUUUGGGAAUUAGUUUUCAGAUAUAUGUUCUACAGGCUGGCGCAUGGCCUCUAACUCAGGCUCCUUCAUCAACAUUUGCAAUUCCUCAGGAACUGGAAAAAAGUGUACAGAUGUUUGAAUUAUUUUACAGUCAGCACUUCAGUGGGAGGAAGCUUACUUGGUUACAUUAUCUUUGUACAGGUGAAGUAAAAAUGAACUAUUUGUGUAAACCUUAUGUAGCCAUGGUCACAACAUACCAAAUGGCAGUACUGCUUGCCUUCAACAACAGUGAAACUGUCAGUUAUAAAGAGCUUCAGGAUAGCACACAGAUGAAUGAGAAGGAACUGACAAAAACCAUCAAAUCGUUACUUGAUGUCAAAAUGAUCAACCAUGACUUAGACAAGGAAGAUAUAGAAGCAGAGUCUACUUUUUCAUUAAAUAUGAACUUCAGCAGUAAACGAACAAAAUUUAAAAUUACCACAUCAAUGCAGAAAGACACACCACAGGAGAUGGAGCAGACCAGAAGUGCUGUAGAUGAAGACAGGAAAAUGUACCUUCAAGCUGCUAUAGUCCGUAUCAUGAAAGCACGUAAAGUGCUGCGACAUAAUGCUCUUAUUCAGGAGGUAAUUAGCCAGUCGAGAGCUAGGUUUAACCCAAGUAUCAGCAUGAUUAAGAAGUGUAUUGAAGUUCUGAUAGAUAAACAAUACAUCGAGCGAAGCCAGGCCUCAGCAGAUGAAUACAGUUAUGUAGCAUGAUGAUGCUCUCCAGCAGGUGUGGUUGUAAGGAGAUCAUUGCUGUCACUGUUUGGUGUGUUCCUGUGGGAAGAAGCAGGUCUGUGCCUCCAUAACUGGUCACUUGGCAGCCCCUGUUUUUCUGCUGUUUACAACAUCACCAGUGCCACGUCAUGAGCGUCAAUGAAAAUGCCUAUAGAUAUUUCAAGCUCAUGUCAUUAUGACAUUUCUUAAAACUUUACUAAAAGAAUGAGUGAAGUAUUGCUGAAAUGUGGAAAUUUGGUUGGGUACCAUGCUUUUUUUUUUUUUUCCCCUCCUUCACGUUUGCAGUUGAUGUUUUUUAAUGUAUCUUAAAAGAAAAAGUUAAACUAAAUAUUGUAAUAUGACAGAUAUCCUAAUAAUUGUAUCUACAUUAAAAUGUAAAAUAAAAAAGAUGAACAUGAUACUGCUGCUUGUCAAAUAAAAAAAAUAAAGAAAUGGAAUGUGUCUCCAGGUUAAUGAUUAUAAAAGUAGCUAUGAAAUCAUGGCUGUUAAUAUUCUGUGGUCCUAGAAGCUCUGAAAACAGUGUCAGUUAUGUUCAUUUUCUGAAUUUCCUUCGAUAUAGCUCUUUCAUGGGAACUUGUUUAUAAGUAGCUGAAUACUAAACACAGUAAGUAAAACAGUCUUUUAAAAGAAUAUAUUUAUGUUAAAGUACAUGUUUUGAUUAUCUGGGAUCAGGCUAAUUUUGAUAUAUUUUGUCAAUGUCUAAAGGCCACAUAUGUGUCUCUCUCUCUCUCUCUCUCUCACAAUAUCCAGCAGGAGAAUAACCAGGCAAUUGAGAGAAUUAAAGUCUCAUAAUUCAUGAAGUUAGGGUGAUUAUCAUAAAUUUCCAUUCAUCACGUUCCUGAGAAGGAAUAUAAUUGACCAGUAAUUCAAAAUUUGCUUGUUAUUUCACUUUAUAUACGAUAUAUGUGGAUCGAAGCCAUACAUACAGAAGGCGCCUGCUGCUACUCUCCAGUUCCUGAAGAGGAUUUCUGUCCUUUCUCCCAAGCUCCUAAGGCACCUUUUAUUCACUCCUUUCUCCUACUGCUUCCUCUCCUUUGCUAGCUUCCUCUGUUCACUCAGGCUGUUGCUCAGUCUCUCAUUUCCUAGACGAUGACAAUGUGAAUUACCUAGUUAGGUACAUUAGAUUGGCUUAUGUGUUUAAUACCGGAAUCCAUUGACCAUGUGCUAAAACAUUUUGUUUACAUGGGUCUUGCUGAGUAAGUAACAGUAAUGGGCACUACACAUUUCUGCAUAUACAUGGUGCAUGCUUUUAGUAGCAUUGUUAGGUUAAUCUAGAUUUACAACACCUGGCUCACUUCCCAGAAUAAUAUCCGGUACUGAGCUGAGUGAUAGAAUACAGUAGGUCCCCAUUAUGUAGAGUGGGAGCUCAGUUACUGUACUUUCAAACACAUGCAUUCAAAAGAUGGUACUAAAGCUUCUUAAGGCAAGUCUAUACUUUAUUUCCUCUUGUGACUUCUCUGUAUACUAGACAGCUCCUUACUGUCCAAUUUUCUAUUCCCAUGUCUAUACUCUCACUAGAAUUUUUAGUAUAAAUGUGUUUACGCAUGGGUCUUGCUAGUAGAAUGCUAACAUUUCAUCUGGUCAGGGACAAACUUUUACAAGCCAUCUUUUACAGAGCCACGCUAUAGACUAAACAGAAUUUUUGCUGAGUGCGCUCCAGAACAAACAUCUGGGGCUUCAGUGUUACCUUAUCUCUGGAGUUUUUUUAGACAAGUGUACUUCUUAGUCAAGACAUGUCUAGUCAUUUUAAAAGAUCCAUAUAUUCCAGUAUAGUUGG